UGGAGUGAUAGAGGAAAUUACCUGUUUAUCAGCGAGAUAACAGCCGAGCGGCUCUCAGACCUUCACAUCAGAAUCAACACAAACACUUUCUCUGCUCUAAACUCAAGACCCCUCGUGUCCACACGGUCCGACAUCAUGGGGAGCAGGAAGUCUGUGUGUUGUGGUCUUUCUGCACGGGAGCUGAUUUUCGCUGUCCUGUUUGUCCUCAUGACAGCCGUGAGUGUGACACUGAUCGCACUAAUGGCUACAGAAACACACACAGGUCCCUCGCCGACUCUUCCUCCGACCCCGGAGCCUCAGCAUACACCUUAUCUGAUCGGCGUCGGUCGAGCUGAUUGCACCGGGCCGCCGGCUGAAAUCCCUCUGAUGGGUUAUGCAAACCCUCAGCAGAACGCUGCAGGCAUACACACUCGCCUAUUCAGCCGAGCCUUCAUCAUCGACGACUGGAGGAAGAGAGUUGUGUUCGUCACCGCAGACGUGGGAAUGAUUUCACAGAGACUAAGACUGGAGGUUCUUCAGGCCUUGAAGCUGAAGUACGGGGAUCUGUACGGUCAGGAUAACGUGGUUCUAAGCGGGACUCACACUCACUGUGGACUGGGUGGAUAUUUUCAGUAUACUCUGUUUAUGAUGAGCAGUAAAGGUUACAUCAAGGCGUCGGUUGAGCCGCUCGUCAACGGCAUCGUUAAGAGUAUAGACAUAGCCCACAGUAACAUGAGGCCGGGCAGGAUUUACAGGAGCAUAGGAGAACUGGACGACAGCAGCCUGAACAGAAGUCCUCACUCCUACAUGAACAACCCUGAGGACGAGAGACACAGGUAUAAGUGGAACACUGAUAAACAGGUGGUGGUCCUGAAGUUCACUGAUCUGGACGGAGACGGGAUAGGUAUGCUCAGCUGGUUCGCCGUCCACGCCGUCAGCAUGAACUACACCAACCUGAUGGUGAGCAGCGAUAACAUGGGCUACGCUUCCUACCUGCUGGAACAGGACAAGAACCCUGGAGAGCUACCUGGACAGGGAGGUUUUGUUGCUGGUUUUUCCUCCAGUAACCUCGGUGACGUCAGUCCGAACACUAAAGGACCUCACUGUAUGAACACUGGAAUGCCUUGUGACUACCUGAACAGCUCCUGUCCUGAUGGCGGGACUAAGGAGUGUAAGGCGUUCGGACCUGGAGAGGACAUGUUUGAGAGCACGAGAAUCAUCGGAGAAAAUAUCUACAAGAAGGCCAAGGAGCUGUAUGCUAACACAGCAGAAGAGGUGACAGGUUUACUUCACUCCGCACAUCAGUGGGUCAACAUGACGGACGUUACUGUUCAGAUCAACAAUACACACACGGUCAAAACGUGUAAACCGGCUCUGGGUCACAGUUUUGCAGCAGGAACCACAGACGGAGGAGGAGAUCUUAACUUCACUCAGGGCGCUGUGGAGGGCGACCCGUUCUGGGACGGGAUCAGAGAUGCUCUGGUGGGGGAACCGUCCAAUGAGACACAGGAGUGUCACUAUCCGAAACCGAUCCUGUUUAGCACGGGGGAGAUGAACUGGCCAUUGCCAUGGCAUCCUCAGAUCGUCGAUGUUCAGAUCAUCACCAUCGGCUCCGUAGCUAUCGUAGCAGUUCCUGGAGAAAUGACCACCAUGUCAGGUAGGAGGCUACGAGAAGCAGUCAAACAGGAGCUCCAAUCUGAGGGGGCAUUCAAGGAUGUAGAGGUGGUGAUCGCUGGCCUGAGUAACAUAUACACUCACUACAUCACCACCUUUGAAGAGUACCAGGUGCAGCGAUAUGAAGGAGCCUCCACCAUAUAUGGUCCACACACGCUCAGUGCGUACCUACAGCAGUACAGAAGCCUGGCAAGAGCCAUUGCACAGGACAGAGUGUCGGAGCUCCCAAUUGGCCCCGAGCCUCCUUUCUUUGAGAAACUCUUCAACCUCCUUUCCGCUGCAACUGUUGACAGGAAACCAGAGAACAGCAGCUUCGGAGACGUCCUGCAGCAGGUUUACCCCAUCUACAGACAAGGGGAUGUUGUCUUGGUCACAUUCGUAGCAGGAAACCCGAGACAUUCUGGAGACAUUAGAGAUAAAACUUUUGUUACUGUGGAGCUUUAUGACAACAGAACAAGCUCCUGGGAAGUGAUCUACAAUGAUGCAUCAUGGGAAACCAGGUUUCAGUGGCUGAAAGGAUCAAACCGUGAGAGCAACUCCACAGUCGAGUGGCACAUCCCCCAGACGGCCCCUAGCGGCUCCUACAGGAUCAAACACUUUGGACACUACAAACAGAUGAAAGGCCUGCGACCCGUCAUUACGCCGUAUGAAGGAACGUCUGACGUCUUCAGAGUCACUAAAAGCUUUUACUACCAGUGAAAUUUCUCAGAAUUCAAGGCUCCUGAUCAUCAUAAAAGACACCUGAUUCAAACGUAAUAAAAAACGUCAAAACUUU